CAACGCUUCAUCACAAUGUCUAAUUUCGAUGAGAAGGAAGAUAAAUUUGUUGAUGAAAGUGAUUUAUUGAAGUUCCACUGCUUGGGUGGUGGUAAUGAGGUUGGAAGAUCUUGUCAUAUAAUUGAGUACAAAGGCAAAACUGUCAUGCUUGAUGCUGGAAUUCAUCCUGCUUAUUCAGGUAUGGCCUCUUUGCCCUUUUAUGAUGAAUUUGAUUUGGAAAAAGUGGAUAUUUUACUCAUUAGUCACUUUCAUCUUGACCAUGCUGCUUCUUUACCUUAUGUAAUGCAACAUACCAAAUUCAAAGGAAGAGUAUUUAUGACUCAUCCAACAAAGGCCAUUUAUCGUUGGCUAUUAAGUGAUUUUGUUAGAGUGACUUCAAUCGGUGAUAAUAAUAAUUCCUCUACGCUAUAUACCGACGAUGAUUUGACUGAUUCUUAUGAUAGAAUCGAACCAAUUGACUAUCACUCGACGAUUGAAGUUGAUGGUAUUAGGUUCACUGCUUAUCACGCUGGUCAUGUUCUUGGUGCUUGCAUGUAUCUCUUAGAAAUUGGUGGUUUGAAGAUUUUAUUUACUGGUGAUUACUCCAGGGAGAAAGAUCGUCACUUAAAUCCCGCUGAAGUUCCUCCUCAUAGACCCGAUUUACUAAUUUGUGAAUCUACUUUUGGUACUGCAGUUCAUGAACAGAUAGACGAAAAAGAAUUGAGAUUAACGAGCUUAAUUCAUAAUACCAUAAAUAAUUCUGGCAAAAUUUUAUUGCCAGUCUUUGCUCUUGGUAGAGCCCAGGAAAUUUUAUUAAUCUUAGAUCAAUAUUGGGCUGAAAAUCCUGAUUUGAAAAAUAUAGGUAUUUUUUACGCUUCGAAUUUAACAAGAAAAUGUAUGUCUGUAUAUCAAACUUAUAUUAAUAUGAUGAAUGAUGAUAUUAGAAAAAAAUUUAGAUCUCAAAACUCAAAUCCCUUUCAGUUUAAAUAUAUAAAAAGCAUUAAGAAUUUAGAUAAAUUUGAUGAUUUGGGCCCCUGUGUAGUAAUAGCCAGUCCUGGUAUGCUACAAAAUGGAGUUUCAAGAGAAUUGUUGGAAAGAUGGGCUCCAGAUGAAAGAAACCUCGUCUUAAUGACUGGUUACUCAGUUGAAGGAACUAUGGCUAAAAACCUACUAUCUGAACCUGAUAUAAUUCCCGCUGUCAAAGGCUCUGAAUCAAUAACAAGAAGAAUAAAAAUUGAAGAAAUAUCCUUUGCUGCUCAUGUUGAUUUCAAUCAAAAUUCAAAAUUUAUCGAGUUGGUCAAUCCCAAAUCGAUUAUUUUGGUUCAUGGUGAAUCAAACCCAAUGGGUAGAUUAAAAAGUGCUUUGUUGUCAAAAUAUCAUAAGUUUAAAAACACUAAAAAAGAAGUCAAAGUUUACAAUCCCAGAAACUGUGAUAGAUUACACAUACAAUUCAAAGGCAUUAAAAUUGCAAAAGCAAUGGGCUCAAUAGCCGAAGUUAAACCAAAAGAAAACGAAAUUGUAUCUGGCGUCUUGGUAUCUAAGAAUUUUGAUCUUAACUUAUUAAGGGUUGAUGAUCUUAGAGAAUAUGCUGGACUCACUACCACGGUGAUUAAAGAAAGACAAACAAUAAGAAUAAGUUGUGGUCCAGAUAUACUUUAUUGGCAUUUAAUUCAAAUGUUUGGCUAUGUUGAAGUGUUAAAUGAUGAUGAAAAUGAAUUUGAAUUAAAAGUAAUGGAUGAUAUUAUUAUUGUUUUAGAAGAUCAAAUUUGCACAAUACAAUGGACUAGCGGUCUUAUAAACGAUUCAUUAGCUGAUUCUGUAAUUGCAAUUUUAUUAUCAAUAGAUUCACUUCCUUCCUCCGUCAAAUUAUCUUCAAAAUCUUGUGAUCAUAUUCAUGGUCAUGAUGGUGAACACGUUGAUGAGCAUCAUAAAAAAGAAGAAUACAAUCAUUCUAAAAUAACGGAAAUUGAAAUUGAUUUAAAAGAUGAAAACGAACCUAAAACUGAAAAUAACAGUGAAGCUAAAACAAAAGUUAAAACAGAAGGUGUAGAAGAAAUAAAGGUGGGGAAUGAAGUUAAAGUGGAAAAAGAAAUAAAAGUAAAAAAUGAAAUUGAAAAUGAAAAUGAAAUUAAAAUUGAAAAUAAAAAUGAAAUUAAAAUUGAAAAUGAAAAUGAAAAUGAAAAUGAAAAUGAAAAUGAAAACGAAAAUGAACUGAAAAUGAAAACAGAAAAUGAACUGAAAAUGAAAACAGAAAUCGAAGACAAGAAACAAAUAUUCAAGAAAGAGUUUGAUAUGCCUGAGAUACUAAGUAAACAGUUGAUUUUGCAACAUGCUGACUACUCGAUAGGAACCAGAAUACACAGAAUAUCCUGUUUUUUGAGAGCUCAAUUUGGGGAUUGGUUUCAUGAAACUAAAGAUAAAUCUGGCGGAAUAAUUAAAAUAGAUAAAAUCGAGGCCACUAUUGAUUAUUUUGACUUAACAGUUGUUUGUGAAUCUAAACCGUUGAAAGUGAGAAUUGAGAAUAUUCUUCAUCGGGCUACUGUAAUAGUUGCUCCACUAGCACAAAAAACAAAAACAUUUUCUUAGGAAUUAUAAAUUAUCUAUUUUUUAA